CACCAAGUUCAUGUUGCAGGAAUAUCCGCUCAAUGCAGUCAUUUUUGAGUCGAGGUACGGAAGCGAGAGCGCGGCGUGAGUGGUGGUUUGGUUAGGAAAUAAAGCUCGUGGAUCCCGAGGACUCUUUGUUCGUAGACAAAGACCCAUUUUCAACAGUUUUGCCCUCCGAUCAGAUGUCCGAGGUCUCCAUCCCGUGUCCGUCCUCCCAGCGCAUGUGUCUUUCAGUGUAGGCUAUCUCGCAGCUAACCAGCCUUCAUGUGAACCAGCGUGAAAACGUCAACACCGAGAAUAGUUGAUGUAAAAAGUCUCCUCCACAAUCAUGGGGAACGGAAUGAACAAGGUAGUUGAUGGUCUCUAUUUAGGAAAUAUAAGAGAUUCAGAGAACAGAGAAAGUCUGUCCCAGAAUGGGAUUACCCACAUCCUCUCUGUGUACAACAAUGCCAAGCCUGUGUUGGAGGACAUGACCUACCUUUGCAUUCAUGCAGCAGAUGCCUCUAAUCAGAACUUGUUACAACAUUUUAAAGAGUGUAUCCGUUUUAUCCAUGAGUGCCGACUGAAUGGAGGAGCCUGUCUGGUUCACUGCCUAGCCGGAGUGUCCCGGAGUACUACUAUAGUAGUGGCUUAUCUGAUGACUGUCACCAAUUAUGGCUGGGAGGAGUGUCUGUCCGCAGUUAAGGCUGUGCGAUCAUUUGUAGGCCCUAACUAUGGAUUCCAGCAGCAGCUGCAGCAGUUCCAGAUGACCCAGAUCUCAGAGUAUCGCGCUUGGCUGCGGAUGAAUUACCAGCACUGCCCAUUCAGAGACCAGGAGCAUGUGGCAGCUUUGCUGGUCCAGUAUGCAGAGCAGCAGGCACAGGAGCGGCGGAGACGAGGAGAGCAUGACCAUUUGAGUCAGUCCACCAGUGUCUAUGCUAUGCCAUAUGACCGUUACAGCAGCUCAGGAUGCAAUAGAUGAGAGUCCUAUUUAUCCCGGCUCACCUUUACUAAGAGAGCUAUGGGCUCAUAAUGGUUGCUGCUGACCUAUAUAUUGAACUACAUUAAGCUUAGCUGGGCACAGCAGUUGCACUUGCACUGGCCCUUACUUGAGACCUUUGAGUAUGUAUGCUUUAAUUCUCAUAUAAUUUAACCCCUGAAUCUAACAUCAGUUCGUUUUAAAGCUGUUUAUAAGAUCCAAAGGUCAAACUGACUCUGUUAGAAAAGCCAGUAUGCUGAACAUUGGUGAUAAGUGGCAGAAUUCAAACCAUUGUUUUUUGUUUGUUUGUUUGUUUGUUUUGUGAGCUGCUUUUUGGAUUUCUGUUAAGUCUUGUUAAUGCAUACAGUCAGGUCUCUGGUUAAUAAGUAAUCAUUGUAGAUCUGCAAAAGCCAUACCAAGUCAUUGGCUAUUUUAAGCAUUUUUACUUUCUUAUCUAAAGAUGCUCAUUGAUUACUUUUUUCUUCGUCAGAUGGUAAGUCAAUAAUCAUAUUGCCAUUCUUUAAUUUGCACAAGCUCAAUUGAGUACACUGUCAGAGUACACUGUAAAUGGUUCAGGACUUUAUAUACAGAAAAUUUGUAAUUUUGUUCUUUGCAAAUCUUGUCAUUAAACAAUAUUUAUGAACCAUAA